AUGGAUGAAGACAGAGGCAUACCCAAGCAUCCGUGGGAUACCUGCCGAGAGGUCCCCGCCAUCGAAGAUGAACGGACGCCAUGGAAAAUGCUCAAACUGCUGAAGACCAUCACUCUCUGUGUGGUAGCUGUGUUUGUGUUUGGGUUGGCCCUGUGCAGCAAGGCGACGUUUCUCCUCCUCAUCACUUUGUCCAACGAAGGCACCAAGACCCUCCCGGCUGAGCAGAAACCUGUCGCUCUGCUGUGCAUCGGCUGCGCUCUAAUCACUUCCAGUGUACUUCUCUUACAAAAGAGCCUCUGGAAGGCGUGUUACAAAUCAUCAAAGAUGCCGGACAAAAUAACUGUAGCUAUGGUUCUGUUCUUUGAGUUCCUGGUGGCUAUGGGUGCAGCCAUUCUCACCAUCGUUGCAAUGCCACACCUGGACAUUGUGACCAACGUGACGAUACUGAACGGUGUAGCCGUCCUCUCUGCGCUCCUUCAGGCGAUCACUCAGUGCACCGCCAAAGAAAGGAACCGCUUCCUGGUGCCAUCCAUCUUCGCCUUCCUCCUGAUUUUGCUCGGUUACGUCCUGUUCCUCUUCCUGUACAUCACGAAGGAUCCCACUGAUACCAAGAUGAUCAUUUGGGUGGGUCUGGCUGUUGGUGGGUCCAUUCUGGUGUCCUUCAACUGGUGGGAGAACUACUUGAGACUGAUCAGUGAGAACAACAGCUCCGUCUUCCUCAAAGCGUUGUGUAAAGAUGUGAAAAAGUGCCAGAACAUGCUGCACAUCCUCUCCAGCCUGCUCAGGAUCGCAGUGACCGCCGGUGUGCUCGGAGCCUACGUCCCUCUGGCCAAAAUGGACUGGUACAUCUUGACCUCCAUCCCGAGCCGUGAGACAAAAAUGAUAGCCAUCAUCAUCGGCGUUCAGCUGAUCUCCUCCGCACUCUGCCACUGGUUUUCUUUGGUGGCCUGUAAGAUGCACGCCCUGCGACGAUGCUUCAUCCUGCCUUUGCAUCUGGCCUCUCUAGCCGUAAUGGUUCUCUUCAUUGUCCCUGUGAUCGUUUACUAUGAAGACUACAGAAUAAGCCUGAAUGGGACUGCAAGCAGCAACUUCACAGGCUACUGCAAUGAAGUUGUCGACGGCAGAAACCAAAGCCUGAAUGGCAGCGUGUUCCCACAACUGGUGUUGGAUGUUACACACACUCUGUGUUUCCUGGACAUGUCCAAGAUAUUCGACAUUGGCAUGCUGACAGGCUCAGCAGUGUCCUGGUGGCUCGGCCUUGUGUUGGCCACUCUCCACCUCUGGUUCCUCAGCCUGUACCGCAUCCAGAGGACUCAGGACCUGUUCGUCAGGAGACUCUAUGAGGGAGGGUUUUUAGAGCAGUCACUGCUUCUAAACACACGCUUUGACGUCCAGACGACUCAAAAGCGAAAGCAAUUCAAACCAUUAGACACAGUGAAAGUGUUCCUUUGUGCGACCAUGUGGCAUGAAACCUACGACGAGAUGAUGAAUAUAAUCAUUUCGAUAUUUCGACUGGACAAGUACAGGCCGAAGGUGGAAGAAAAAAACACUGACGUUGUCUUUGAAACCCAUAUCUACUUUGACGACGCCUUCAAUGAUGUUCCCGGCAGUCAGGGGCGCCACGUCAACGAAUAUGCAGAGAUGCUUGUGAUUAUUCUCAGAGAAGUUUACGGUGUCUUCCUAAACAUGGAUAGAGGCCUCUUCAUAAAGCAGGAGCAGAUCCCUGAUCAGAAGAUCGUGACAACGCCGUACGGAGGGCGUCUGGUGCUCACCAUGCCUCAUGGAAACAGUUUAGUUGUUCACUUCAAGGACAAGACACUCAUCCGCCACAAGAAAAGAUGGUCCCAGGUCAUGUACUUGUACUAUCUCCUUGGCUGGAAAUUAUCUACCAAGUAUUUCAAAAGAGAGAAGCACAACACCUACAUCCUGGCUUUAGAUGGGGACACAGACUUCCAGCCGGCCGCUGUGAUGCUGCUCAUCGAUCGUCUGAAGCUGUAUCCACUCGUCGGGGCGGCGUGUGGCAGGAUUCACCCCACCGGAUCAGGUCCCGUAGUGUGGUACCAGAAGUUUGAAUAUGCAGUCGGUCACUGGCUGCACAAGACAGCAGAGCACGUGUUCGGCUGCGUGCUCUGCAGCCCCGGCUGCUUCAGUCUGUUCAGAGGAGCGGCGCUGAUGGACGACAACGUGAUGAAGAGAUACUCCACCAAGUCCUCAAAGGCGCGACACCACAUCCAGUACGACCAAGGAGAGGACCGCUGGUUGUGUACUCUGCUGUUGAAGCAGGGAUGGAGAGUGGAGUACAACGCGGCCUCCGAUGCCUACACCAACGCCCCGGAGGACUUCAAAGAGUUUUACAACCAGCGUCGUCGAUGGGGACCGUCCACCAUGGCCAACGUAGUGGACUUGCUGGGCUCUGCCACCCUGAUCUCCCAGAGGAACCCGUCCAUAUCCAAACUAUACAUGCUCUACCAGCUCAUCAGCUUGGCCGCGUCCAUUCUGGCACCUUCCACCGUCAUCCUUAUGAUUGCAGGUAGUUUGACUGUGCUGCUUGAUAUUCACCCGAGCGUUGCUCUGGUCCUGGCUGUGAUACCUCCUGCUAUCUUCCUCGGCAUCAGCUUCAAGAUCAAGGCAGACACUCAGAUCGUUAUUGCAGCAAUCAUGAGCAUCAUGUACGCCUUCCUCAUGAUGAUAGCAGCUAUUAUCAUAAUAGGCAACAUGGUGAAGGACGAAACCAUCCUGACUCCGAGCAGCAUCUUCCUCAUCUCCCUUGCCGGCUUUUACCUCAUCACUGCAAUCUUGCAUCCUCAGGAGAUUGGCCUGGUGGUCUUCGGCUUAAUUUACCUCAUCUCCAUCCCCAGCGCCUACAUGCUGUUAGCGAUUUACUCCAUGGUCAACAUGAACAACGUGUCCUGGGGCACCAGGGAGACGGCGCCAGCUGCAGGAGCUGCCAAACAGGAAGCAGCUGCCCCACAGACCAACGCCCAGAAAGCCAAAAGCACCAUCACUCGGUUCUUCUCACGGGCCAAAUGCUGUAGAAGACUCUGUCGGACAGGCAGUACAGAAGAGCUCAUCGUCAGCCAGGACAUCCAGACGAUGGAGGCAACAGAGUCUGAACCUCAACCCCAGAACAGCAUUGUGGAGGACGCGAGCUUGCCUGAAGAGGAACCAAGUUCAAGGCGAGAGUCUGCUUUCACCUGCCCUAACCAGAGUUGGGUCUCACAACUGCAGAGUUUGUCUGAUGGCAUGCGUCUGAGGGAGCACACACUUGAUGUGGAUGAGGAGCAGUUCUUCAGAGAGCUUACGGCCAGAUACCUGGAGCCUCUUCCCGAGAACAAAAAGAAGCAGAAAAAUAUGACUGAGAAACUCAAGGACUUGAGAAACAAGAUUACCUUCGUCUACUUCAUUUGCAAUGCCUUCUGGCUCAUAGUGACCUUCACUCUCCAGUUCUUAGAAUCGACCAUCUUCAUCAAGGUGCCAAAGAUCGACUUUGACCUGGAAUUCACCGGAGAGUACAUCUACAUCGACCCUGUGGGCUUCAUGUUCAUCCUGUCCUUUGUCAUGCUGGUGUUGAUCCAAUUCAUUGGCAUGCUGUACCACAGAAUAUACACCCUGAUCCACUAUGUGGCCUUCCUGGAUACAGAGCCCAUGGCUAUCAACGAUGAAGAAAGCAUUGACCUCGACGACUUUUCAAGUGGGACUAUGGUGUGA